AGCAGUUACCAAUACACUGUUUUCUUGUCUUCUCUGAAUUGGUGUUUGUAUAGACUCUUUCUUGUUCUUCCUUGUCAACAGUGGCUAAAGAAGAAUUUCUCUCGUGAUGAAAACCAAAGUUUGUGUAACAUUAACAUAACCACGAUCCUCAACUUUAGAUUUUUGCUGCCCUUAGAUUUCUCACCAUACACAUAUAUACAUACGCGGAAGUAACAGAAACGCACUAACACAAAGUAUUAGUAUCGGAGAAGAAAGUUACUACUUCUAUGUUACUCUGUUCCGUCACAAAUUGCUCGUUUUUAUCUCUCUCAUCAGUCGUUUUACCCUAAAUUAAUCAAUUACAAAGCAACGUCCUCAUUUGUUCUUCAAGUUGUACAGAACUUCGUUUUAGUGGCCGUGGAGGGAAAACAUGGAUCCAUCUACAGAUAUCGACUCAUCGGCGAUGUGGCUGCAGAUCCAGCGGAUGCCUUUUCAGCAGCUUCAGGAGACAGAUGAAUUUGUGUAUAUUGAGAAGGUAAUGACCCUUGUAGCACGUUAUGUCUUUCUGGAAACCGACCCUAAUAUGGCAGUUCCCAAGUGCACCGUCAGCAUCGCAAAACUGUUGAAAAUUGUUUGUGCGAAAUCUUUGCUCGAGUUUGGGCUUUUACGUAAGAAGCAGAAUGAAACAAACGCCGAGCUAGCCAACGCACAGCGUGGGUUUAAUGCGCAGCUCGAAGCGAAGGAAAAAGAGAUCGAAAACUUGAAUAAAGUACUUCGCGAUGUUUCCAAAGGAGAGCUUUCUCAAAAUGCUGCUGAUUAUUUAGUCACCGUAGAGGAACUCAGCCGCGUCAAGGCCGAAAAUGACACACUAACGCUGAAAGUUCAUAGCUUGAUGCGUCAGACCGACGAGCUGAAGCAGGUUCUCGCUUCUCGCAGCGACGACCGUAGCUACCUCAAUGACACGUACGAUAAAGCCCAGCUGGAAUAUCGUCACCUUGCCGCUCGCUACAAACGCCUUGCUGAUCGUUCUGCCAAAACUGAGGACAUGUUGGACGAGAUGCGACGCGAGGAGCGAACGAAGAAGCUUGACACAAACGAUGAGCUCGACCGGCUUCGCCAAAAGGUUCAGUCGCUGCAGCAAGAAAACUAUGCCUUGGUUCAGUCGCGAGACAGGGCAGAGGAAUUGUGCGAGAAACGGGAGGAAGAAGCUCUUCGCGACAUGACGGAGCUUCGCCGACUCAACCGGGACUUGCUGGAGGAGGAGCGAUCGAAGAACCAGGUACUCCGCGACGAGUUUCUCAACGCAAAGCAGGAGGCAGACGCGCACGUGGAGCAGCUGCUUCAGCAACACGAGCAAGAAUUGGACGAACAAAAGGAAGAGGUGUCCAUUUUGAGACGGCAACUUGAAAAGGCGACUAGCAAACGCAAAGGGCGAUUCAACUCCGAUAAUUCAAGCUCCGCAGACGACUCGUCGUCGCGCUCCAGUCGAAGGAGUGGGGAAUCAGAGGAGCAGGUGCAGGUGGCUGCCGGCAGUCGCAAAAUGCGCGGGGUCUCGAGCGAAGAACAGCGGAAAGUAGAAAGGGAGAAUGACGACCUUCGUGCCGAGGUAGAGCAACUGGAGCUUCGAAUCGACGCCCUCGACGAGGAAAACCGGCGCCUCAAGAGUCUUGUCAAAAACUACGAAAGUGGCAAUGAAGGGUUGUAUCGCCUUCGGCAAGAGCUAGCGGAUCAAACGCGCACCGUAGAGAUUCUCCAGAGCGAAAAUUCGCAGCUGCGUGAGCGCUUGAACGGCAUGGAGGACUCCAUCACCUUUAACGCUGCUCUUCGCGAACUGUGCAAGCGUGUCGGCGUGACCGAGAACGAGAUAAACAGUUUGCGUCCUCAAAACGCGACCGCGUACAGUGAAAUGGACACCUUAAAAGAGGAAGUGAGCCUUAUGAAGGCGGAGGUGGAGUGGCUGGAGAGAGAACGGCGUUACUGGAUGAACAAGGUGCGGCUGCAGCCGCUGAUGGACACAAAGUUGCGCUUCGAAUUGGGUCUUACCUCUGAGCAACUAAAGCAGCUGGACAAGCUCGUGGACCAAAUGAAGAGCGGCUCCAUCGUUGUGGAGGACAACGACGAAAGUUACAAGGACAAAUACUUCAAGGAACUCCAAGCGCGUCGCCGCGACGCGGAGCAGUUCAACACGUAUGUGAAGCAGCGCAUCAAUGAAGCUCUGAAGGACGCUUUUGUGGACGUGAGCAACUCGAGCACGGCGGCCGCCGUGUCCCAGCUCCGCGAUCACAUUGACGUCAUCACCGCCACUCCAACCUCCGAGGCCAACGCACACGCGGAGGAAAAGAUUCGCACCAUGACGCAACGCCUCGAGGAGCUGGAGCGCGCAGAAAAGACACGCAGCGAGGAAAUGGCUCGCCUACGUGAGCAAGUGGUUGCCGGAAACACCGAAAGGGAAGUGAUCAGCCGGGAGCGGGAUCAGUAUCGCGAAGCUAUCUUUGGCGCAGCCGGUAUGGGUAGCGGCCAGGACGACGCAACACCAUCCCUCGGCGACUUUGGCGAAAGCAGCGCCGGCACUCUCUCUAAUGCAAAAUGGCUCAAGGUUUCGAACACACUGCGCGAGCAGCUCCGGGCGAAGGACACGCUCAUCGAUACACUCGGGAAGGAGGUGAACGAGUUGAAGGAGAAGCUGGAGGCGGAGCGGCAAUGCGAGGUCCAAAUGAAGGAGGCAGCGGAGGAGCAAAAGGCGGAGCUUGCCGCCUUGAAGGACCAAAUAAAAGCUCUCACGAUGCUCAACGAGGAGGCCACGGAGAAGUGUAACGCGUUGUCAGGGGUGAACAAGGACCUCGAGGACGGUUUACAGCAUCUUGAAAGCGGCGCUGCGAAGGAGGCGCUGCUCAAAGUGGUGCUGCUGCGCCGCCGCGAAGCCACGCUUCUCCAACGCUUGCGGCGGGCUCUCUCCGCGCAGGAGGAGACGGCCUCCUCUGAGGAGAAGCUAAAGUCGCAGGUCACCAGCACACUCGAAAAGCUGCGGGAGACGCUAGAAGACACGUCUUCCACCGGCAGUGUGCUGCCGCGGUCGUCUGGCGGGUGCAGCAUGGAGGGGGAGAUGCUGAACGUUCUCGACUCGGCGGUGCAGCACAUGCUUCAAGGGAAGCUCUUCCGGGAGGACAGCCGCUUUCUCAUUCACCUCCGGCAGGUGUAUCAAGGGAUGGGGACCAGCGAGGAGCUCAUGGAACUGCGGCUCGACGCGAAGAGGCUCCGCGGGGAGAUGGAGGAGAAGCAAAAAGCGCUGGAUGAGCUGUCGGCCGAAGCGGAAGGUCUUCGGGCCGCCUCCGCCGCCGCGGAGGACACCAAGGCAAACCACCACUCCGAAUACGCCGAAGCCGCGCGAGCAAAGGCGGAGGCGGAGGCAGCAACAUACCGGCAGAAGUACACACUGCUCGCCAAGCGACUGGAGGCCCGGGAUAAGGAGGUGACGCAGCUCGAAAGCGAGCUGGACGAUGCCAGGAAAGAAGUCGUCGACGUGAGGGAUCACAUCCGCAACAUCCUCAGCGACACCGCAGAUCCGCAGUCGACGCCAGGUGACGGGCAGUCACGCGCCAAGGUGGACGCCACACAGGUGGCUCGCCUCGAAAAAGAGGUGGCGCGGCUGAAGUCGGUCAAUCUGGGGCUUCUGCACCAUUCCCUAGACCUCCAAUCACAGGUAAAGUCGGUAGAGAUUGAGGUGUCGGCCAAGCAGCAGGAGAUUACUCUCCUAAAGGCGUCCGCCGAUUCGCCAGUUGUGACAAGCUUCGUGACGGCGGCCAUUCGCGAGCACGCGGCGCUUCGUCGGCAAAGCGAGCUGGCACUCAUCCAGGCGAAGCGUCUGCGCAUGCAGCUGGCGGCGACGGAGGCAAAUUACCACGUGGUCGCUAACGAGGCGAUGAGCUACAAGCUGGGCGCCUACCGGCUCUACCGCAAGUACGUCGAUCAGGUCGUCGCCACGGUGGACUACCUGCGUUGUGUGCAGCGUGCCAGCAAAGGCUCUCUCUCUCCGCAUCAGGCGGAAAUCAUGGAUCGCCGGCUGGGCAAGACGAUCUCCGACCUCGGCAAGUGCUUUGGCCGAAACAAAAUGCUGGCCAUGCAACUCUCAGACGCGCAAAACGCACUCGUGACACUGGAGCAGCAGCUCUCGUUGCGGCGCAUGGAAGAGGGUGCAGCUAAAAAAGACGCCAUGGACGUCAAGCUGCAGGAGGCGCGAGUGCGCUUGCGCGAUCUCGAGCGGCUGAUGGUGGAGUCCAAGGAGGAGCAACAGUAUCUGCAAGGUAAAUUAAGCCGAGCAGAGGCAGCAAACAAAGACCUCAACGCCGAGGUGGCGAGAUUGGAAUUUGGCAACCUCGCCGUUUCCCCUCUCGACGAGCAGCUUCUGGCGACGCUCCUGCAGCUCAAGGAGAGCGUCUUUGACAAGACUGUGGUGCCGCCGCUCUCCAUCGAGACACCGAACUUCCUCCGUCGCGGUAAGACUGGUGCGAGCGGGGUGGACGACGACAUGGCGAUCCGCGAAUACACAUCUGCCAUUACGCGCCAGACGGAGCUCGCCCAGCAGUGUGCCUCCCUCAAGAAGCAACUGGCCGACGUGAGCGCCGAUCAUCGACGCGCGGAGCAGAAAAUUGCCCAACUGCGUGAAGAAUUGCAGCAGUGCGGCGAAACGGCAACGCUUGCCCAGCGGCAGAUCGAGGAGGAGCGGCAAAAGGCGACCCUGCGGGAGGUGCGGCUGGAACGCGCGUAUGAGACGCAGUCCGACGUCGCGCGACGGGCAACGGAGCACAACGUGCGGUGUCUACAGGAGAUGGUCCAAAAGAAGGAGCACAUCAUCGAGUCGCUCCAGGAGCAGCUGUCCGCCGAGCGGCAGAAGUUCACAGAGCAUGAACUCGACGAGGCAGUGCGCAUGGAGCGGCUGCACGAGCACAUGUUCCGCGAAAACACCGCGAUGGUUGAACGCUUCAAGAACGCAAUUGAGACGGUCGGCGACAGUCUGCGCCAGACGAGUGACAGCGCAGAAGCGCCCCCGCCGCACCUCCUCCUGCCCAGCUCUGGCAACGGCGUGGAGGAGCAGCUGACGGCGCUCACGGCGGAAACGGUUCGCUUACGCCAGCAACUGAAGGAGGCCCGCACCACCAACAUAGUGCUUGAGAGCCAAAUAGAGAAUCAGGUGCACCAACAGCUUUUCAACGCCGCAACACCCGCACCAGCUGCGGCGCAGACCGACGCUCAAGCGCCGCGAGAGGGCAACACAGACACUCUGAUGGGCAUCGUGCGCAAUCAAAUGGCCAUGCUGGAGAGCCUCCGACAGCGUGAGCUGCACCUGUCCGAGGAGCUCGCACGCGAAAAGGCGCAGCGGGCCUCCGCGGAGCGGCAACUCGACGACGCGCAGCGCCAACGCGUGGAGCAAGGUGGCGCGCUCCAGCUCCUCUCGCAGGCGACCGGCGCAUUCUACGGCGGUGGGGUGGACGCACCGCUCGUAAGUGAGUUGCGUGCGCAGAACGACUACUUGGAGCAGGAGCUGCGCGGACUGCGGCGGGUCUUGGAGGAGGAGCGUGCCCAAGCGCGGCGAUUUCAGAUGGACGCCGCGGAGUGGAAGGCUCACCUCGACGCGCUACAGGCGACGGUGGCGACGCAGCAGGUGGAGACGGAGCGCGCGCAGCACCUGGCGACGCUGAAUGAAGGAUUGCAGACCGACCUCAACGCGGUGAAGGAGCAGAACGACAGGCUGGUGUUGGCUGCGUCCGUCCUGAAGCAAAAACUCAUGGAGGAGGCGCACCGCAGUGGCGAGUCAAGCCGUCAACACCAGCAGGAGAUUGCGCUGGCGCAGCGCAUGGGCACCAUCCAACAGGAGUCCGCGGGGCACAUGAAAGUCCUCGACCAACGUAUUCGCGCCAUCCAAAAGGAGUUGAACGAUCGGGUGGAGAAAGAGCGGUCAAUUCUUGAGAAGAACACCGAGUCUCAGAGACUUGUCUACCAGCUGCACCAGCAGCUUCGCGCAAAGGAGCGGGAGGUGAUGGAGCUGCAGGAUCAGCUGCGCAUGCGUGGCUCUGCUCCCCUUUCACCAGCACUGCGCAAAGCUACCUCCCGCUCGUCUUCGCCGCUAACGGAGAGCAGAGGUACACAGAUGCUGUCCACGACAACCCCUUCCUCGCUGCGAGGCAAGGAGAACGUGAUGGCGGGGAGCAGGACCACCUCUGGCACAACACCAGCUGUGACAGCACAGCAACCGCAGCAGCAACCGUCUGCUCCUUCUGCGUCGACACCCCGUCCAGAAUCUGACGCCGCUCCUGCCCGCACGACGCUCGCGCCCAUCUCCGCGCACGACGCUCUUUUGCAGCCCCAAAUCGCUGGCCUCGUGCAGCGUGAGACACAAAAGCAGCAGCGCGACAACCUCGCUGAAAUCUCCACGCUGCGCUCUCGCGUGCACCGCCUAGAGAAGGACGUCGAGGAGGCAGAGGAGCAGCUGAAGGGGGAACGUGAGGCAACACGGCAGCUGCGGCUGCAACUUCGCCAAAUUCGGGAAGGACAGGAUCGCAAGGAGCGCGAGUACGCGACGCAGCUGGCCGCCAUGCACCACAAGCGGGUCAAUGCGGAGUCGCAGCUCAGCCGACAAGGCGCCGCUGCCGGCACAGUUAAGUUGGACGCAUCCCCAGCCCCAGCUGCGACUGCCGUUGCUUCACGGAGUGAACAUGCUCUGCAGGAACAGGUGGCCUCACAAGAGCGCACCAUUCAGCGGUAUCGUCAAGAGCUGGAGGAACUGAAGCAGACGCGUGUGACGUCCACGCAAAACGUUGAGCCCGCCUACUUGGCUUCUCCAUCGGAUAUCCGCUCCCACGUUGUAGAGGUGCGGCGGCUGGAGAGCGUCAUUGACGGGCUGCGGCGCCGUCUCUCUGUCGAGGGCCCUGUUCGAGAGAACGAACUGCAGCAACGACUGUCUCACGCUAACGCCGUUGUGCAGCGCAUGGCGGCAGACUUAGCCUCGGUGCGCGGGUUGCCUGUUAGCGAAAUCGAAGCAAUCUACUGCGUCACCACGACGACGACCACCACCUCUUCCACAUCAGCCUCCGGCAUCACACAGGAGACGACGGGUGAGCUCCGCAGCGAGCUGCUGCGAAAGAGUAACGAGGUGCUUGACCUACGCUUUAAAGUUGAAAACUUGGAGCUGCAGCUGAGUCGAGCGCAGAGACACUUGAGCGAGGUACUCGCCGUGGACGGUGCUGCUGCUACUACUCCAGCGGGCGCGAAAGGAAAGGGUGAUACAACGACCACCACCUCCGAUGUCCAGGCUCUGCACAAUUUAAUCGAAAACCUCAAAUUGGUGAUAGAAAGACUGCAGAGCGAGAACGCGCAAUUGCACUCCGCCGAGGUGCAGUCGGCCCGAUACGUCCGUCAGUCGCGCGAGCUGCACGACCUGCAGGAACGCGAGCGACGCCUUCAAAGCCAACUUCAAAGCUUGACCCAGCAGUUAACGCUCGCACACGGCUCGUCCAAAGUCGGGAUGACGUCUCCCUCACCCUCCGCUGGGCCCGGUGGCGACUUGCACCGACGUUUGGCCACCGCGCAGGCAGCAGCGGAGCAGUACGAAGCGGAGCUGGACGAGCUGCGCCAGCGCCUCAGCGCAAAUGACCGCCACGUCGUCCGCCCUCUCGACCCCACGCAGAGCGCCGCCACUUCCCCACGUUCUGUGGGCGUCGCGUCGGCGUCGCGUCCCACAGUCCCACCACCGCUGCCGCAGUCCCGCUUCUCACACAGCCACCGACAGCCCGGCUCGGUCGUUUCUUCCACUAGUGGGCCUCUGCAACGGCGACUGAGCUCUAAUCGGCUGAGCAGGGCAAGCGACUCUGGCCCUGAUGACCACGGCUCCUUGCGUCACCACCACCUCGACCAACAUUGA